CAUGGCGAAAUGCUAUGUGUGAGAAUCUCCAUUCCAAAUUGCAUAGGUGUUUACUCUAGUCAUAAUAAUUAUACUAACUUAAUUUGGGGCUUAGGUUAGCCAAAUAAAAUGGCAACCGCCUCUCAGACCCACCGUUAUAUUGGCCCUCCUUCCGUCGGACCAGGCGACGCUCUCAACCGCAUCCUUGCCGACCUCUGUACCCGCGGCAACCCCAAGGAAGGUGCUUCGCUAGCUUUGAAGAAGCAUCUGGAGGAAGAAGCACGUGACCUAAGCGGCGAAGCCUUUUUUCGUUUCAUGGAUCAGUUGUAUGACCGGAUCUCGAGCCUUCUGGAGAGCAGCGAUCCUGCUGAGAAUUUGGGAGCUCUGAGAGCUAUUGAUGAGUUGAUAGAUGUGGCGCUUGGGGAGAAUGCUUCUAAGGUCUCCAGAUUUUCCAGUUAUAUGCGUACUGUCUUUGAGGCCAAACGUGAUCCUGAGAUUUUGGUUCAUGCUAGUAGGGUUCUUGGCCACCUCGCUAGGGCGGGCGGAGCUAUGACUGCUGAUGAAGUUGAACGCCAGGUUAAAAUUGCUCUCGAUUGGCUUCAAGGGACUAGAGUGGAGUAUCGUCGAUUUGCUGCUGUCUUAAUCUUGAAAGAAAUGGCAGAAAAUGCUUCAACUGUUUUCAAUGUCCAUGUGCCCGAAUUUGUUGACGCUAUCUGGGCUGCUUUGAGAGAUCCAGCAUUGCCAGUUCGCGAGCGGGCUGUGGAAGCAUUGCGUGCCUGCCUUCGUGUUAUUGAAAAGCGCGAGACACGCUGGCGUGUGCAGUGGUACUAUCGAAUGUUUGAGGCAACACAAGAUGGAUUGGGUAAAACUGCCCCAGUACACAGCAUACAUGGUUCUCUGCUUGCUGUUGGAGAGCUUUUGAGGAAUACUGGUGAGUUCAUGAUGUCAAGAUACCGAGAAGUUGCUGACAUUGUUCUUAGAUACCUAGAGCACCGGGACCGGCUUGUUCGCCUGAGCAUAACUUCAUUGCUACCUCGAAUAGCACAUUUUCUGCGUGAUCGAUUUGUUACUAACUACUUAACAAUAUGCAUGAAUCAUAUUCUUUCUGUCUUGAAAAUACCUCAAGAUCGUGAUAGUGGGUUCAUUGCUCUUGGAGAAAUGGCUGGAGCACUGGAUGGGGAACUCGUCCAUUAUUUGCCGACUAUAACUACUCACUUACGUGAGGCGAUUGCUCCACGUAGGAGUAAACCUUCGCUUGAGGCUUUGGCUUGUGUUGGAAGUAUUGCAAAAGCAAUGGGGCCUGUGAUGGAACCUCAUGUCCGAGGACUUCUGGAUAUUAUGUUUUCUACUGGUCUUUCAACUGUACUUGUGGAGGCUCUUGAGCAAAUAAGUACCAGCAUUCCAUCUCUGCUGCCAACUAUUCAAGACCGGUUGCUCGACAGCAUAUCUAUGGUUCUUUCUAAAUCCCAUUAUCAUCUGGGGAGGCCUGCCCAAAGCAUUGGUAGAGGAACAAUGAUGAAUGUGCCUCAGCAAGUUUCAGAGCUUAGUGGUUCCGCUCUUAUACAACUUGCAUUGCAGACUCUUGGUUCUUUUAACUUUAAGGGCUAUGAACUACUUGAGUUUGCUAGAGAAUCAGUUGUUGUCUAUUUAGAUGAUGAGGAUGCAGCUACACGAAAAGAUGCAGCUCUAUGUUGUUGCAAAUUAAUUGCUAAUUCUUUCUCUGGUAUAGCAUGUGUGCAUUUUGGUUCUAGCAGAUUGACUCGAUCAGGGGGAAAGCGCCGCCGCCUUGUCGAAGAGCUUGUGGAGAAGCUUCUCAUAUCUGCUGUUGCAGAUGCUGAUGUUACCGUUCGCCGGUCUAUCUUUGCUUCUCUCCAUGGAGAUAGAGGUUUUGAUGAAUAUUUGGCACAGGCUGACAAUCUGAGUGCAGUAUUUGCCGCUUUAAAUGAUGAGCAUUUUGAUGUUAGAGAGUACGCAAUUUCUGUGGCUGGAAGGUUAUCAGAGAAAAAUCCUGCAUAUGUUCUUCCAGCUCUUCGUCGCCAUCUUAUACAGUUGUUAACAUACUUAGAGCAGAGUGCAGAUAGCAAAUGCAAAGAAGAAAGUGCGAAGUUGAUUGGCUGUUUGAUAAGGAAUUGUGAACGGCUAAUACUUCCAUACAUUGCUCCAAUUCAUAAGGCACUGGUGGCGAGACUUGUUGAUGUUAAUGCCAAUACUGGAAUCAUUAGCGGAGUCCUUGUAACCGUGGGAGAUCUUGCCAGGGUGGGUGGUUUUGCAAUGAGGCAAUACAUUCCUGAACUUAUGCCUUUAAUUGUUGAAGCUUUGUUGGAUGGAGCAGCUGUCUCCAAACGUGAAGUAGCUGUUGCUACUCUUGGUCAAGUUGUACAGAGCACUGGGUAUGUGAUAACUCCAUAUAAUGAGUAUCCACAAUUACUUGGGUUACUUUUAAAAUUACUGAAUGGUGAACUAGUGUGGUCCACCAGACGGGAAGUAUUAAAGGUUCUUGGGAUUAUGGGUGCUCUGGAUCCUCAUUUGCAUAAACGAAAUCAAAAAACAUUGCCAGGGCCUCACGGAGAAGUUACCCGCCCUGCUAGUGAUUCAAAUCAACAGAUUCAGUCUAUGGAUGAAUUUCCCAUGGACUUGUGGCCUUCUUUUGCUUCAUCAGAUGACUAUUAUUCCACGGUUGCAAUUAAUUCUCUCAUGCGUAUAUUGAGGGAUCCUUCACUUGCUAGUUACCACUUAAAGGUGGUUGGGUCUCUUAUGUUUAUAUUCAAGUCAAUGGGACUUGGCUGUGUUCCGUACUUGCCAAAGGUUUUGCCUGAUCUCUUUCAUACUGUUCGUACAUGUGAAGAUAGUUUAAAGGACUUUAUAACGUGGAAGCUAGGAACUCUGGUGUCUAUUGUGCGCCAGCACAUUCGUAAAUAUUUGCAAGAUUUGCUUUCUUUAAUAUCAGAAUUUUGGUCAUUAUUCACUCUUCCAGCACCAGCUCAUCCUGUCCUUGGCUAUCCAGUUCUUCACCUGGUGGAACAACUUUGCUUGGCUCUUAACGAUGAAUUUAGAACAUAUCUUCCAGUUAUUCUGCCUGGUUGUAUUCAGGUCAUUAGUGAUGCAGAACGGUGCAAUGACUACACCUAUGUUCUUGAUAUUCUUCACACUCUAGAAGUGUUUGGUGGGACUUUGGAUGAGCAUAUGCAUCUACUUCUUCCUGCUCUUAUACGAUUAUUUAAAGUGGAUGCCUCAGUAGACAUAAGACGCGCUGCAAUUAAAACUUUGACAAGAUUGAUCCCCCGUGUGCACGUCACUGGUCAUAUAUCCUCUCUUGUACAUCACUUGAAGCUAGUUUUAGAUGGGAAAAAUGAUGAGCUCCGAAAGGAUGCUGUUGAUGCACUUUGUUGUCUGGCUCAUGCCCUUGGCGAGGAUUUCACAAUUUUUAUUCCAUCAAUACACAAACUACUACUGAAAUACCGCUUGCGGCACAAGGAAUUUGAGGAAAUUGAAGGGCGUUUAAAGAGACGUGAACCACUAAUCCUUGGAAUCACAGCUUCUCAAAGACUGAACCGUAAGCUUCCCGUUGAGGUCAUUAGUGAUCCUUUAGAGGAUGUGGAGGUUGAUCCAUAUGAUGAUGGAUCUGAUGCUCACAGACUCAGAGGCCAUCAGGUUAAUGAUGGUCGACUACGGACUGCUGGGGAGGCUUCUCAGCGAAGUACUAAGGAAGACUGGGCAGAAUGGAUGAGGCAUUUUAGCAUUCAACUUCUAAAGGAAUCUCCUUCUCCAGCCUUACGAACCUGUGCUAGGCUUGCACAAUUGCAGCCUUUUGUUGGGCGAGAAUUGUUUGCAGCUGGAUUUGUCAGCUGUUGGGCACAGCUAAACGAGACUAGCCAGAAACAGUUGGUUCGGAAUUUAGAGAUGGCCUUUUCAUCUCCGCAUAUUCCUCCAGAAAUUUUGGCUACACUUCUUAACUUGGCUGAGUUCAUGGAACAUGAUGAGAAACCUCUGCCUAUAGAUAUUCGCCUUCUUGGUGCUCUUGCUGAGAAGUGUCGUGCAUUUGCAAAAGCCUUACACUAUAAAGAAAUGGAAUUUGAAGGAGCACGUUCUAAGAAGAUGGAUGCUAACCCAGUUGCUGUAGUUGAAGCUCUUAUUCAUAUAAACAACCAAUUACACCAACAUGAGGCUGCAGUUGGAAUAUUGACCUAUGCCCAACAGGGUCUAGAUUUUCAACUUAAGGAGUCAUGGUAUGAGAAACUGCAGCGAUGGGAUGAUGCCCUCAAGGCUUACACUUUGAAGGCCUCUCAAGCAACAAGUCCACAUCUUGUCUUGGAGGCCACUUUAGGUAGAAUGAGAUGCCUUGCUGCAUUGGCUCGAUGGGAAGAGUUGAGUGACCUAUGUAAAGAAUAUUGGACCCCAGCUGAGCCAGCUGCUCGUCUUGAAAUGGCACCAAUGGCUGCAAAUGCUGCUUGGAACAUGGGAGAAUGGGACCAAAUGGCAGAAUAUGUGUCUCGAUUAGAUGAUGGUGAUGAAACAAAACUUCGAAGCUUGGGGAAUGCUGCUUCUAGUGGCGAUGGAAGUAGUAAUGGUACUUUCUUCAGGGCAGUUCUAUUAGUUCGUAGAGGAAAGUAUGAUGAAGCACGUGAGUAUGUUGAAAGAGCUAGAAAAUGUCUGGCGACAGAGCUUGCCGCUCUGGUUUUGGAGAGUUAUGAGCGUGCUUACAGCAAUAUGGUUCGUGUUCAGCAACUAUCAGAACUAGAAGAGGUUAUUGAUUACCGUACACUUCCAAUUGGAGACCGAGUUGCUGAAGAGCGUCGGGCUCUUAUUCGCAAUAUGUGGACUCAGCGUAUACAAGGAGCUAAAAGCAAUGUUGAGGUUUGGCAGUUACUAUUGGCUGUUAGAGCACUUGUGCUGCCUCCCGUAGAAGAUGUUGAAACUUGGCUCAAAUUUGCUUCUCUUUGCAGAAAAAGUGGACGUAUUAGCCAAGCAAGAUCUACUUUAGUUAAACUUCUACAGUAUGACCCUGAAAUAUCUCCUGAAAAUGUACGAUACCAUGGCCCUCCUCAAGUAAUGCUAGCUUACUUGAAGUACCAGUGGUCGCUUGGAGAGGAUUCAAAGCGCAGGGAAGCAUUUAUUAGGCUGCAGAGUUUGGCUAUGGAACUUUCAAGCGCACCCACCAUUCAAUCAGUCACACCUUCUGGGUUCACAAGUGUUUUGAAUCCAAAUGUUCCUCUCCUUGCCCGUGUUUAUCGGACUCUUGGGUCCUGGCAGUGGUCACUUUCUCCUGGGCUGGUUGAUGAGUCCAUAAAAGAUAUACUUAAUGCAUUCACAAACGCUACUCAGUAUGCAAAUAAAUGGGCCAAAGCUUGGCAUAAAUGGGCAUUGUUCAAUACAGCAGUGAUGUCGCAUUACACUUUAAGAGGUUUCCCCGAUGUUGCAGCACAGUUUGUUGUUGCAGCUGUUACUGGGUACUUUCAUUCUAUAGCAUGUGCUGCAAAUUCUAAAGGUGUUGAUGAUAGUUUGCAGGAUAUUCUUCGACUUCUGACAUUAUGGUUCAACCACGGAGCUACGGCAGAAGUUCAAAUGGCCCUAAAGAAAGGAUUUUCCCUAGUUAAUAUCAAUACUUGGCUAGUAGUUCUACCUCAAAUAAUUGCCAGGAUACACUCUAAUAACCAUGCUGUGAGAGAGUUGAUACAAUCACUUUUGGUUCGAAUUGGGCAAAAUCAUCCACAGGCUCUCAUGUAUCCUUUGCUUGUGGCCUGCAAAUCGAUAAGCAACUUACGCAAAGCUGCAGCUCAGGAAGUUGUGGACAAAGUUCGGCAGCAUAGUGGUGUACUUGUGGAUCAGGCGCAACUUGUAUCAAAAGAACUGAUCAGAGUUGCUAUUCUGUGGCAUGAACUGUGGCAUGAAGCGCUGGAAGAAGCUAGUCGUUUGUAUUUCGGUGAACAUAAUAUUGAAGGGAUGCUAAAGGUGUUGGAGCCAUUGCAUGAAAUGCUUGAAGAAGGAGCGAUGAAAAACAAUGUUACCAUAAAGGAGAGAAUAUUUAUUGAGGCCUAUCGACAGGAAUUAUUAGAGGCGUAUGAGUGCUGUAUGAAUUAUAAGAGAACUGGGAAAGAUGCUGAGCUUACCCAGGCAUGGGAUAUCUAUUAUCAUGUAUUCAGAAAGAUAGAUAAGCAACUUCAAAGUCUUACAACUUUGGACUUGGAGUCUGUUUCUCCAGAAUUGCUAGAAUGCCGCAAUUUAGAGCUUGCUGUUCCUGGGACAUACCGAGCUGAUGCACCAGUGGUUACAAUUGCAUCAUUUGCACGCCAGCUUGUUGUCAUAACAUCUAAGCAACGACCCAGGAAAUUAACCAUUCAUGGGAGUGAUGGUGAUGAUUAUGCCUUCUUAUUAAAGGGACAUGAGGAUUUACGCCAGGAUGAACGAGUCAUGCAGCUUUUCGGUUUGGUGAAUACCCUGCUCGAGAAUUCUCCUAAAACAGCAGAGAAAGAUCUGUCUAUUCAACGAUAUGCUGUGAUUCCUUUAUCUCCAAACAGUGGUUUAAUUGAAUGGGUCCCAAAUUGUGACACCUUGCAUCAUCUUAUUCGGGAGUACCGAGAUGCUAGAAAGAUAACCUUGAAUCAGGAACACAAAUGCAUGCUCAGUUUUGCACCCGAUUAUGAUCAUCUGCCUCUUAUAGCUAAAGUGGAGGUGUUUCAGCAUGCAUUGCACAAUACUGAAGGAAAUGACCUUGCCAGGAUUCUUUGGUUGAAAAGUCGAACAUCAGAAAUUUGGUUAGAGAGGAGGACAAAUUACACCAGGAGUUUGGCAGUUAUGAGUAUGGUUGGUUAUCUUCUUGGCUUAGGUGAUCGCCAUCCAAGCAAUCUCAUGUUACACCGGUUUAGUGGAAAGAUUUUACACAUAGAUUUUGGAGACUGUUUUGAAGCAUCAAUGAAUCGUGAGAAGUUCCCAGAGAAGGUUCCAUUUCGCCUGACAAGAAUGCUUGUGAAAGCCAUGGAAGUUAGUGGUAUCGAGGGAAACUUCCGCUCAACUUGUGAAAAUGUUAUGCAAGUUUUGCGAACAAAUAAAGAUAGUGUUAUGGCCAUGAUGGAGGCCUUUGUACAUGAUCCUCUCAUAAAUUGGCGUCUUUUUAACUUCAAUGAAGUUCCGCAAAUGUCCAUGCUUACCAGCAAUCAUGUACCUCCUGUUGUAAAUACUGAAGAAUCUGCCCCAAAUAGAGAGCUUCCCCAUCCUCAGCGCGGCGCCCGUGAAAGGGAACUUCUUCAGGCUGUCAACCAACUUGGUGAUGCUAAUGAGGUUCUGAAUGAGCGUGCUGUGGUUGUCAUGGCUCGCAUGAGUAAUAAGCUUACAGGACGAGAUUUUUCAACUUGUUCUUCAGUAUCAAACAACUCCCUUCAGCAUGCGGUCGAUCAUAGCAGCUUAAUUUCAGGAGACACUCGUGAAGUUGAUCAUGCUUUAUCCGUGAAAUUGCAAGUUCAAAAGUUAAUUUUCCAAGCUACAUCGCAUGAAAAUUUGUGCCAAAAUUACGUUGGGUGGUGCCCUUUCUGGUAAAUCUCGAGGCAGCAGUAAAUAUUGUAUAUGAUUUGUACAUAGUGAAGACUCGCCAUGGAUCCUUUCCUCGGAAGGCCCCUUUGCCUAAGCCCGCCCUCCCUCCCUCUUCCC